CAUCCGUAAUGACUGACAAAGCUAACAUUCAGUCCGCGUCAAUCAUCAGGGAAUCUUAUUAGAAGCCAAGGCAACUAGAAAAGCUCGUCAAUCUGACCGAGCACGCUAACUUAGACCAUUUACUGAUCCUGAGUAGACACAAGAAUCAAUUAAUUAUGCGGUGAUGACCCCGAGUAAAUAAGCAAAGAUUCAUCACGUGGUCGGACAUUGCGGAACUGACAGUCAGACAUCUAAAAUCAAGGUUAUAUUUCACCAUUCCAAUAAGGAUUAGAAGCUUUUGUUUUAGCAUUUGCCACAGUUAUCCAACUUAGAACCUCCCUCAGCACACACACCACGAGAUAUCCCUUGUCUACCUAGGUACCAAUUACUCUUGAAUCCUCUAGUCAGUCGAUAGUGGAAGAUGUUUUCCAAUCUCCAUCUACCCCUUAAUCCCAUUGACAAGGUCAAUCAACCCCCUGUGUCCUAUCUCCAGGUCCAAGAUGGCCUCAUCAUCUGCUCGGGGCUUUGCUGGACGACCGCGUACAUCCUUUACAUCCGGCAAGCCUACCGCGAUAAGUCUUAUGGCAUGCCCCUUGUUUGCCUGUGCGCCAACAUAGCCUGGGAGUUCCUUUUUGGGGCCGCCAUCCCGGAGUCUGCUGCCCAAGUCGUCUCGUUCUUCCCAUGGUUCGUCAUCGACAUCGGUAUCGUGUACACAACAUGGAAGUUCGGACGCGAGCAGUGGAAGCAUGCCCCUCUCGUGGCACGAAAUCUUGGCUGGAUCUUGCUAGGUGGCAUCGCCGGGAUGCUGGUCAUGUUUUGGGCUUUUCUCAAAACGUACGACAACCGCUAUGAGGCCGGUUUCUACCUCGCCUGGACGGACCAGAUAAUCGUGAGCACCACGUCAGUGGCGCAGUUGAUGUCUAGGAACAAUACUUCCGGCCAUUCGUGGGGUAUCUGGUUUACUCGGUGGAUUGGAUCCGUUUUUGCGGAGUUAAUCUUCGUCUGGAGAUAUUGGAACUAUCCUGAAAGUUAUCCGGUAGCUGCUACGCAUUUCACCAUUUUCUUAUUUGUUUUGACGGAGGUGGCGGACUUGACCUAUCCGUUCGUCUAUGCGUCUUUAGAGAAAAAGGAGAAGAAGAAGUUGAAGUAAUUGGCAUAGCUCAAUGGCAUACCCCCCUAGAC